AUGUCUCCCCCGCCGGUAGCCCAACCCACGCCGCCGCCGUCACAAACAAUGGAGCAAAUACCCGGCGGUGCGCCGCCCGUAGGGGUAUUUGUAGGCACCCAGUCCACAUUGAGUGAUGACGUUGGCACAUUCAACGGAGGUAGCUAUCGCAUUAGCCAUCGUGAUUCCAAUUCAAUCGUGACUAUUCAACUUGCAAUGGGAUGUCCGCUGUCUGCAAAGCCCGGAGCGAUGAUUGCUAUGUCUCCAACUAUCAGCCUAAGAGGCUCAGUGAAGUUCUCCAUGAAGAAAAUGCUGGCUGGUAGUGAAAUGUCAGUCUCUUUAUACACCGGCCCGGGGGAGCUACUUCUGGCGCCUUCUUCCUUGGGCGAUAUUACCCUUCUCCGCCUAACCGGCCAGGAAAAGUGGUAUGUUGGCAAGGAUGGCUUUCUGGCUUGCACCCAGGGUAUCUUAAAAGACUACAAACGCCAGGGUUUAGGCAAAGCGUUUUUUUCCGGAGAGGGAUGGUUCGUUUAUACUAUAUCAGGCACUGGUCUUCUAUUUGUGCAUAGCUUUGGCGCAAUCAUCAAAAAGGAUCUUGUCAACGGCGAGAAAUAUAUUGUGGAUAACGGCCAUCUUGUUGCUUGGAAUUGUGACUACAUAAUGGAACGUGUAGCUUCUGGUGGUAUUAUAUCCGCUGUGAGUUCUGGAGAAGGCCUAGUAUGUAAAUUCACUGGACCUGGAACUAUUUAUCUCCAAACAAGAAACGCACGAGCCUUCGCCAACUGGGUUGCGAGUAGUGCAGGCGUAGGAGCAUAG